UUUUUUUUUUUUUUUUCAAUACAAUAAUCAAUAUACAAAUGUCAAGUAAAACAUUUAAAACUGAAUUUGCUGUUGAAAUGACAUGCCAGUCUUGUGUAGACGAUGUUACAAGGGUUAUGAAAACAAUUUCAGGCGUUACUUUGUUUAACAUUAAUCUCGAAAAAAAAAGAGUCAUUGUCGAAGGCACAGCUCCACCUUCUAAGAUUUCAAAGGCUUUAAAAGAUACAGGACGUACUGUGAUUGUACGAGGACAAGGGGUUUCUGAUGGUCAAGAACAUGCUGGUGCUGCUGUAUGCAUUUUUGAUUUUUAUGGCACAGAUCCUACAGCAACUAUUCCAAAAGGUAAAUCAGGUUUAGCAAGAUUUAUUCAAGUUGAUCAUGAGAUAUGUCUAAUUGAUUUGACUGUUGAGGGACUUAAACCUGGUAAACAUGGUGUUCAUAUUCAUGAAUCUGGAGAUGUCUCUCAAGGUUGGGCAUCUACUGGAGAUCAUUUUAAUCCUACAAAUGUUGACCAUGGCAAUGUUGAUAUUGGACAUGUUGGUGACCUUGGAAAUGUGGUUGUUGAUGAAAAUGGUUGGGGAGAUCUUGUGAUAGAAAGUAGACGUAUUAAAGUAUGGGAUAUCAUUGGUAGAAGCAUGGUUAUUACUGAAGAUGAAGAUGAUCUCAAGCCUACUACAAAGGAUGGUAAUAGUGGAUCUGGUGUUCUAUGUGGUAUUAUUGCGCGUAGUGCAGGUGCCUUUGAAAACACAAAAACAGUUUGUGCAUGUUCAGGUAAUACAUUAUGGGAAGAGGCUCGUUUAAUGGAAAAUGCUUAAUAAAAAACUAUGCUAAAUGUUACCAAGCAAUCAUUUUUAUUGGACAGAUAGCAUGUGAUUUAUCUGUUUUUGAAAAUAAAAUAAGUUACUUGCUUUAAAGAGAAAAUUAACUAUAAAAUUUGAAAAACCA